AUGGGCGGGAGCGAGGGGCAACAGGUAUUUUCUGCCACUAAUGCUGAGAUUGAAAGUCUGGCCGAACAGUUAUAUUCCUCAGAUGCAAACAAAGCUGUAAGUGGUGACAUAACUCUGAACCUGCAGUAUAAGGCAGCCAGCACCCAGACCAGCUCCGGAACCGACUUUAGCAGCCAAAAGCUUUUCGGCUAUGUGAAUGAGGCAAAACUGUUUGCCCGUCCAACCUUUUCUCGUUUCAUUUCUCUGCUUGAUAAUUAUGUGAAAACCACAGGGACAGCAGAGACAGUGACCAGCGGUGAGACCUCAGAACAGACUGCCUUUGUAGAUGAGCUCUUCAGGACCACAAUCUUCAGUAGACUGUCCACCUUCUUAAUUUCCAAAGGGUAUUACACUUCUACUGACAGCUUUAAGGCUGACUUCAAGGAGAUGUGGUUUGGACUAUACACUCGCACCAAAGGACCUCUGGAUUCAUCAGGCUUUGAACAUUAUCUUGGUGAAAUCCACGGUGGAAAGAUAUCUGGAUUCCAUAGCUGGGUCCAGUUCUACCUGCUAGAAAAAACUGGAGAGCUCAAUUAUCUGAGUUACAGUGCAGAUGGUCCAUGGACAAGUUUUCCUGAUGUAUAUGGAUUCCAGUACAAGUUGUCCACCUACCUGAAAACUUUGGGAUCAAUGUUUAUUGGAUCUAGCCCUGAGUUUGAAUUUGCAGCGUUCACUUUAUGUUAUAUUACACGCCCCGAUAGUCUGUGCUCCCUCCGUGCUGGUGGAAAUACCCUCAAAAUACAAACAUACACAUGGGCCAACUCAUCAUAUGGAAAUGGCAAGAGAUAUGUAGCAUCUUCUUACCCAGUCGUUUAG